UUAAUCUCAGAAUUCUGACUUUAAUCUCAGAAUUCUGACUUUAAUCUCAGAAUUCUGACUUUAAAGUGAGAAUUCUGACUUUAAUCUCAGAAUUCUGACUUUGUGACGUUCGUGGAGCUAUGAAUUGUGGGGGGACCGUCAGCGUGUGGCGUGACUUGAAAGAAAGGGCAUCACGUCGUCACCCAGCGACUUUUUGCGUGGCCGAGGAGUGUCGGAGGACAUCCUUUCACUUUUGGAGGAGCAGAGGAUAAAGUGACUGAUGGAGGGUGCAACUCAAACAGUGGCUGGAAAUCCAGAUUUGGAUGACAUGAUCAAGCUAGUUUUAGACUUGGAUUCAGCAAUAAGGAAAUACUUGCAAUUUUAGCACAUAAUGCUGAAACUAUUUUAAGUAUUCGGACUCUGAAAAGGAUAUGCAAAAGACUUGGUCUUUUUCGAAGAAAGAACCAGUCAGACCUGGGAGACGUGUUGGCUUUUGUCCAGCACGAGAUCAUGACUAGUGGACAGAUGCAAGGUUAUCGGUGGCUUCAUCUGCGUGCCAUUCAAAAAGGAUUUGUUGUAUCACAAGAUACAAUGAGACAAAUUAUACAUGUAGGUGUGGGAAUAAGAAGAGCACGACGCCUAAGAAGGCGCCAAUACAACUGUCGGGGGCCAAAUGCUCUUUGGCACCUGGAUGGCUAUGACAAAUUAAAGCCCUACGGGAUUGGCAUCAAUGGCUGUAUUGAUGGCUUUAGCCGGUAUGUGUUAUGGGCGGAAGCCUAUACCACAAACAGUGACCCUAAGGUGGUUGCAAGUUAUUUUAUAAAAACAGUUUCACGCAUUGGUGGGUGUCCAGAGAGGAUCCGUGCAGACAGGGGCACAGAAAAUGUUUGUGUCGAACAGAUGCAGAUGUUUUUGCGUAGAAACCACUCAGACAAUUUUGCUGCGGAGAAAAGUUUCCUUUACGGAAGAAGUACAGCCAAUCAGCGUAUUGAAGGGUGGUGGUCCACCCUUCGCAAACAGAGUGCACAGUUUUGGAUUAAUUUAUUUCAAACUCUUCAAGAUGAUGGCCACUUUUCAGGAGAUUUUCUGGAUAAAAGUCUUAUCCGGUUCUGCUUUCUUAAUCUUGUGCAGGAUGAGCUGGAUGAAGUUGUGAACACGUGGAACGCACACAAAAUAAGACCAAGAUUGCACCAUGAUACAGCUUCAGGUCGACCAGUCGUCAUGUAUUCAUUCCCUGCGAUGCACAGUGCCGAGGAUCAAUUAAAACCUGUUGGAACGGAAGAGGUCACUGCAUGUAUGGAAGAGUGCACUAAAAAAGGCUAUUUUCCUUGUGAUGAAACUGUAUUUGAACUGUGUUGUUUGCUUAUGGAGGAAAAUGAAUGGCACGCGCCAUCAGAUCCAUUGGAUGCAAGAUAAGAUAUCCUUUAUUCGUCCCACAAUGUUAAGUGACAACACAAGUGACUUGUAUGUUAAGUUGAGAGAGGAAUUACUGAAGUCUAUUUGACAUACAGUAUGUACUGAUGCAAUUUUGGGAAAAUGAAGCUUCAAAUUUUCUCCAUAAACCAGUUGUUGUUUUUUGACUUCUCUAAAUUGCACUCUUUUCAGCAGUGGGCUGGAGGUACACGGACUUGCCCUUUCUGAAACCUUUAUUUUAAACAACAGUGCCAUGGCUCCAGCAUGUCCCGUGACCCUGGAGGAUAUGUGGGUCAAAAGUGGAUGGAUGUCUUAUUGUUAAUAUUGAUAGAAAACAUCUCCACACUUUUUCUGAUCCGCUUUAUCCUCACAAGGGUCACGAGAUAUGCUGUGCAGCCUUAGGCGGGGGACACCCUGAACCGGUUGCCAGCCAAUCGCAGGGUACACGGAGACGAACAACCAUCCGCGCUCAUACUCACACCUAGGGACAAUUUCGAGUGUUCAAUCAGCCUGCCAUGCAUGUUUUUGGAAUGUGGGAGGAAAUCGGAGUACCCGGAGAAAACCCACGCAGGCACGGGGAGAACAUGCAAACUCCACACAGGAAGGCUGGAGCCGGGAUCGAACCCACGACCUCUGCACACGAUAUAAAUCUUUAAAU